AUGAGCGUGACUGGAUCCUGGGACGUCGCAGAUCUCGUCGCUGCGUUCAGAGACGCGUGGUGGAACCGUUCCCUUACCAUUGCUCCAUUCGCCCUCCUCUACUACGACUACCUGCUCACACUUCCGGCGGAGGUCGAAAGGUACUGGACCGCGGAUCUCAACCUCCGGCGAAGCCCCAUCUGGUUCCUCAUUUGUCGAUACUUGUCGCUUGUUGGGAACAUCCCGGUUUUGGUCCAAGCGGCCUGGCCCGUUAACGAUCAGCGUUUCGCCGUAGCGAGACAUCAUGCACCGGCUCCAGCAGAGCCGGCGGCCAUAGGAUGCAACGUUGCUACCUCGUCGGCCUUGGGAUCCGACUUAGCUAUCGCUUGGGGCGGGAUGCUCUGCCAUGACAUAGUGAUAUUUACUUUGACACUCUAUAAAGCGCUGUCACUACGUGGUGGGUCGAGGAACCUCGUUGACAUCAUUCUUCGUGACGGUACUAUGUACUUCGGGCUUAUAAUGUGUUCGACGAGUAUUACGGCUUUCACGUUCCAGUUUGCACGACCAAUCAUCAAAGGAGUUACAUCUACAUUCACUAAUAUCUUAUCGACAACGCUAAUCGCUCGCCUCAUGUUGAACAUACGCGACCCAAAGCUAAUGAAGGACAGCCGCUACUCUACUUCCCGACUUCAGCGCACCACCAGCUCAGGCUCAGAUGAUCCAAUUGUCACGUCGGCCCUGGACACUGCCGGCAUGCCAGAAUGGACCGAGUUGAGCUACGAGUUGGAGGUAUAUCAAGACGAGGGCCCUACGCACGGCACGCGACACGACGUUAUUGAGCUGGUUCGGAGAGACCACCCUCCAGAGAGGUCGAAAGGCAAGACGGUCUCAUGGAGUCGGACAGAGAUGCCGAGCGCAAACACCAGCGAAGCUUAAAUAUACGCUGUCUUGGCAAACCUGUUACUACUUACGCAGUUCUCGAUGCUUGUACUGAGGCUUUGAUUUCGUAUACGUGCAGAUACCGAUACUGUAUUUUUACGACCAUACCGGAUGAAAGUGCCGAAAUUGGGGUUUCUCGACAGCUCGCCAAAGUCGC